CAGACCGCCAACAUUGUGCCAAUGUAAAUAAACAUCCAUCCAUCCAUCCAUUCAUGCACUGUGGUGCCAGAUUGUGUUUUGAUGUUGACGGUGGUGUGAUCGUUCCAUCUAAUGGUACGGGAGUCAAGUGGUGACAAAGUGUUAGUGUGUGUGCACUCUCAGAAUUGGACUGUAAACAAAAAACGAACCUUCGGCCUAUAAAAUUGUAGACCUGAAAGUAGUCGAUCGUGUUUCAUGCCAGGGGUGACAGCUCUAAUUGGCAAAGCAUAUAGCCAAUAUCAAUGAGACCAUCGUCAACUGCUGGGUUGCCUGCAGCUUAUAUUUGUCAAUUUUACAGGGCCUGUGCGACGGCAUCACGGACAACAACGGUGAUACUAAAAGCAAGAACAACCGCUAUACCGGAGCUGUUAAAGGCUGGGCAAAAAAAUCGUUGGUCAGGUCGCUGUCGCUUCGCUUGGCCGUUGUCGGCCGAGCGCGACAACGUAGGGAUUCUUCGGGAUCAUCCGAACUCAGUGGAACGGACAUGAGCGAUAGCGGCAAGAAUAUCCCUGCGCCGCAUUCGGGUGCGCCUGCUGUGACUGACAUGAAAGGUUGGUUAGCUAAAUGGACGAACUACCUCAAAGGUUAUCAGAAACGGUGGUUCGUGCUACACGAUGGACUACUUUCCUAUUACAGGAACCAAGCAGAGAUGUCGCAUACAUGCCGAGGUACAAUCUCCCUCGACUCUGCAGUUAUCCACACUGAAGAUUCCUGCAAUUUUGUCAUUUCAAAUGGGGGAGCACAGACAUUUCACUUAAAGGCUGGCAACGAAGUAGAACGACAAAAAUGGGUAACGGCAUUAGAGUUGGCCAAAAGUCAUUCAAUUCGGCGCCAGGAAGCUGAAGAGGAUGAAGAGCGAGGACUUGGUUUGGACCAGGUGUCACCAAAAGCAGCUCAGGAUGAACAGGAGCGGCUUUUACGCACCCUCGCUGCUAAACGAGACGAUCUACGGACGUGUAAUGACCUCGUCGCCAAACAUAGCUACGCCUUAAUGAGGUGUUUGGGAGACCUCGAACAAACUGAAAGUUCUGACGGGGAUGUUGCGGCUCGCAAAAUAAUGAAGCAGGUAAAUGAACGAGCAACGCUUUUCCGAAUUACAAGUACUAAUAUUGUCAAGACAAGUGUAGAAUUUGUCGAAGUCGCCCAGAGCCUAUAUCAUCAGUGGAGUCGAUUAUUAGAACAUGAACAUUCGCAACGGCUCAAACUUGAAGAACAACUGGAGCAGCUGGCUAGACAGCACUCACAUCUAGAAAGAGCUGCGAAGGAAGCGGCGUCUAGUGGCGGGUGGAAUAAUUAUACAACCGGUUCAGAAGGGGACGAGGAAGAAUUUUUUGAUGCGGCAGAAGAAAACGACAAUGGUCCGCAUGACUUUGUUCUUUCACUGCCAAAUCCACCCUUGCAGCAGGUCAUCCCGGGGCAUGCGGUCCGACACAGUAAAGCGCCACGCCAUUCUGGGAGUACCACUAGCGAAGGUAACGAAUUAAGCGGAGGUAGUAGCGAUGACGAAUCCGAUGAGUCCCCACAGUUUGCUGAGGCAAGCGUUGUGCGAAGAAAGCGAAGCAGUACAGAACCACAAACGGCAGAGCAGGGAGGCAUUAUUAUGGAUCAUACUGCUGGUGAAAUCAUUUCCACCAGCGUCCACAGGCGAAGCCGUGUACCUGAGAAGCCAAACUGUUCUAUCUCUUUGUGGUCUAUUAUGAAGAAUUGCAUAGGUAAGGAGUUAACGAAAAUCCCGAUGCCGGUACACUUCAACGAGCCGCUAUCAACUCUUCAACGUUUGGCAGAGGACUAUGAGUACUCAGCAUUACUCGAUAAGGCGGCUCGUUGCUCAGAUCCCCAUCAACAACUCGUUUACAUUGCCUGUUUCGCGAUUUCAUCGUAUUCUACCACAGCUAACCGAACCGGCAAACCAUUUAACCCGCUACUCGGUAGGUUCCUCUGCUUCUAA